AUGGAGAAGAAAAACGGAUUAGGAGAUACCCCUAAAGAAAGGGGCACACAUUUUACCGCCCCAUUCUAUCAUCGCGUGGUAGACAACUUUCUGCCUAAAGACAUCUUUGAUAAUGUGGUGAAAGAGGCCAGAAGCAGCGAGUUCUUUAAGAAACACACGGACUUAUUUCAUUUCUACCAAACAAAUGAGCUAAAAAACGACGUACGAUUUCAGCCAUUUCUUAAAUUUCUAAGAUUAGGAAUGAACACUGAUCUUAAGAAUAUUAAUAAAAAGGUGGAGAACGAACAAAUGGACUUGUUUUCCUCUGUCUACCGAGCAGGAGACUUUCUUCUUCCGCACGAUGAUUGUGUGAGUGGCCGUGUUUUGGCGUUUUCUUUUUACUUAAACGAUCCCACUACAGAAGAUGCCUCCACAGAGUCUAUUUUAUUAAAGGAGACAGAGCAUAGCACAGAGCAAAAGAAUGGAGCACUUGUCCUCUAUGAGCCUGAUGGGCGCACUGUUGCAAAGCGAGUAAAACCUAUAGCUAAUCGAUUAGUGAUAUUUGAGGUAUCUGGUAAGUCAUACCACGAGGUUGAAAUCAUGACUAGUGGUGAAAGACUUGCUUUGACGGGAUGGCUAAGAGCCAAAGAGUAUAAUCCAGAAAGCAUCCUUCUAGAUUAUAAGCCUUUUAGAUACUGGGUAUUCAAUGAUAAAUGUAGUAUGGAAAUUUCCAAGCCGAAUCAAACUGGCUUAAUAGAUCUAGGAUGCGGCAGUGCAAACUACAGUACUAAGCAGAUGGAGAGCACACUCUCUAGCCUUAAGUGGAAGCCCAGACUGAACUGCGUCUACACAUCACUAGAUGAGCCAGUAGAGGAUCCUUCUAGUACAAUAACUAUACUGCCGAUGGAAAUCAAUCUUAUAAAAUCUGAAGAUAUUGUAGAUGUACUUGUUGGGAGAAUCCCUGAAUACGGAUAUAUGCUGCUAAAUGAUCCAUUUAAUACAGAGUCUGAUGCCCUAGCUAUUAUAUCUCUCUACAGCGGUUCAAUUAAUAUAGUAGACUCUGUCGGCAAUGUUGCUUGCGUUAUAACCAAGCCUGGUUGUUAUAUAUGGCCAGACAAUGGUUCUCUAUUCAUUCCUCCGCACUCUGCUUCUGGAUAUAUUAUAGCAUACAGGGUAAAUGAGAUAUGUUAUAUAGAAAAUUUACAUAAUCCAUAAGAGUUUUAUUAUAAAUAAAUAUAUGCACUCAUCCUGGCACCUUCACACAACAACCUAGUAUAAAAGAGUUUUAUUUUUUGU